UGCACAAAUCUUUUGUAUAUUUACUUACAAUAAUUGUGUCGUUCUAUUAUUUUCGCUGGUCUAUCUUUGUUUAUCGUGUUUAAUCUUUUUAAUUGAUUAUUCUUACGUUAGUCCUAGAUUACUAUAAAAGCGGGAUUUACGAGCUAGUUCAUUAAACACAAACAGCAAUAUGCAGGUGCUAGCAGUUCUAUUGGUCGGUCUUUUAUCCGUCGCCUACGCGGACGUAGACCCUCUCUCAAACACUGCAUAUGGGUACUUGACGAGGUUCGGUAUCCCCGAGGCGGAGAGAAUUCGCAAGGCUGAAGAUGCUGCAUUAGCUUCUAGAAUCGUCGGUGGCGUCCCUGCCGCCCCGGGACAAUACCCUUACCAAGCUGGCUUAAUCUCCGACAUUAUUGGUAUUAAUGGGAAUGGAGUUUGCGGGGGCUCCCUGAUAUCAGCCAAUAGAGUACUUACUGCAGCUCACUGCUGGUUCGAUGGACAAAACCAAGCCUGGAGGUUCACCGUUGUCCUCGGCUCCGUGUACUUGUUCCACGGCGGUACCAGGGUCCAAACGAGCAGUGUUCAGGUGCAUCCUUCCUGGUUCCCCCUGCUGGUCCGCAACGACAUUGCUGUGAUUUAUUUGCCGCAAGCCGUGCAGUUCUCAGCUAACAUUGCUCCUGUCUCCCUCCCAAGUAACGCUGAAUUACAAGAGAGCUUCGCUGGUGAUCAGGCUAUCGCUUCUGGAUUCGGUAUUACUGCUGACGGAACCGGUAUCUCUAACAACCAAUUCUUGAGCCAUGUGCGCCUCAACAUCAUUUCAAACUCGGUCUGCCAGCUUGCGUUCCCUCUGGUUCUUAGUGAUUCCAACAUUUGCACCAGCGGCCUUGGAGGAACUAGCACCUGCCGCGGAGACUCUGGUGGCCCACUCGUCGUUGAGAGGAACAACAGACCAGUUCUGGUCGGUGUCACAUCAUUUGGAAUUGCUCUUGGCUGCCAGAUCGGAUUCCCUGCUGCUUUUGUCAGAGUCACAUCUUACAUGGACUUCAUCAAUGAAAAUUUGUAAAUGGACAAAAUUAUAAGUCUAUAUUUUAUAGUCAAUAAAAAUGUUUGAUAUAA